AACAAAAACCAACCACCAAACCAAAAACCCCAAAUAAUUUCAGCAGUGUCUCUGAGCCCAUCUCUAGUGUUUUGGCUACAUGCUUCAGAGAUUGUUUUUUCCAUGUCCAGGAUGUGCCCCUAUCAGCUUCAAACCAUGUCCCAGGACAUCCCUGGCACCUGCCAGCAGGAGCAGCAUGUCCCAGGCAAUGCAGCCACAGCACUGAUCUCUGGGAAUGUGCUGGAGCAUCCUGACCUCAGCCCUCCAGUGCAGCUCCCUAGGGUCUUGCUGCUCCUGUGAGAAGUAUUGGGCCAGGGUGUCCCACAUCAGGGUGCCUGCUCAUGGGAUGUGCACACAGGAUAGAGUUCCUGGCCAGUUCCUGGCUCUGUGAUGAUCCUUCCAGAACCAGCAAGCUGGCUGGACUGGCUGUUAUGAUUCUCCUGACCAUGGAGUGGAGGGACUGGUAGGGGUGCUGUGGGAGAGAUGCCCCACUGCACUGUGAGGCAGAGCUUGAUCAGCCCUCUGCAAGGAGCACUGUGCCACCCCAGCCUGUACCUGCAGCCAUGGGAAAUAAACAGCUGGAGGAACCUCCAGCCCUAGAAAUCUGCUUCUAUCCCUCCCUGGAACCCAGCCCCUGGUCCCCUCCUCGCUGUUAGCAGGGAGCAGGAUGCUCCAUGCAAUGAAGUGGGAGCAGUGAGACAGGUUUAGCCCAUGUGCUGUUGAGCAGCAAAGCCACAGCCAACAGGUGCCUGUUCACAGGUGGGCAGGGAACAGUGGCAGAAGGGACUUUGGGCAUCAUCACACUUGCCCAGGUGGCUUGGGGACAGGGUGCUGGCUGUCACCUCCCAGAGGGUGUUACUCUGCUGAUGCACCCUGCUGUGUAACUUCUCCCUGCCACUCUAAGCAGAGGAAACCACCAGUGACAGACAGUUUCCUCCUCUGAACAGCAGAGUGGCUGUCGCCAUCGCCCGUGAGAGCCCAUCGCCGCCCCUCUGGGAGAGCAUCCAGGCAGAGGGGAUCCCCAUGGGGCUGGCACAGCGCCUGGCAGCUGCCCUCCUCUUCCUCCUCCUCCUGGGUGUGACCACUGGCCAGCGGCUGGUGACGGUGCAGCAGGGCCCCCUGUACCGCACGGAGGGCUCCCACGUCACCCUGUGGUGCAAGGUGAGCGGCUACCAGGGCCCGGCCGAGCAGAACUUCCAGUGGUCCAUCUACCUGCCCUCGGCCCCCGAGCGGGAGGUGCAGAUCGUCAGCACCGUGGACCCCUCGUUCCCCUACGCCAUCUACACGCAGCGCGUGCGCGGCCGCGGCAUCUUCGUGGAGCGGCUGCAGGGGGACGCGGUGCGGCUGCACAUCAGCGAGCUGCAGGAGCGCGACGCCGGCCAGUACGAGUGCCACACGCCCAACACCGACGAGAGGUACUUCGGCAGCUACAGCGCCAGGACCAGCCUCUCAGUGAUUCCAGACACACUCUUGGCUUCCAUGGCACCCCAGGCCCUCACCCUCACGGAAGGGGAUGCAGUGGAGCUGACCUGUGAGGUGUCCAAGUCCACUGCCCAGCACACCCAUCUCUCAGUUGGCUGGUACCUUCUCCAGGGAGCAGCAGAGCACCGUGCCCAGGAGAUCCUCACCCUCUCCAAGGACUUCAUCCUGAAGCCAGGGCCCUCUUAUGAGCAGAGGUUUCUGGAGGGGGAUGUGCAGCUGAACAAGGUUGGGAACACCACAUACAAGCUCCUCAUCAGGGGAGUGAAGCCAUCUGACCAGGGACAGCUGUACUGUGAGGCAGCUGAGUGGAUUGAGGAUCCUGACGGGACAUGGCAGGACAUCUCCAGCAAGAAAACAGAGAGGACUUCACUGGCAGUUGUGAGCCAGGGCAGAGACCUCCCCGUGGACAUCACUGCUGCUGAAAGUUCCCUGGAUGAAGGGGACACCUUGCAGCUCAGCUGUGUGGUGGGAGCCCCAAAGAGCAGCAGCAGGCACUUCAGAGUGACUUGGCUCCUCAAUGAGAUGGAAGUGGCCAGGGUUGACCCCCAUGGGGUGUUGAUUUGGGAGGAAGAAUACCAGGAGAGAGCCAAGCUGGGACAGCUCCAAGCAUUCAAAUCAAGCAACACCGUUUAUGUCCUCACCAUCUACGAGGUGGGGCUGGAGGACAAGGGUACCUACCAGUGCUCUGUGUCAGAAAUGAACACUCCUGGAGACUUGCACAGCAUCCAGAGCAAUGUGUCAUCAGGCAUACAAGUCAAUGUGAAGCCAGCAGAGAGCCAGAUGCGCCUGUCUGUGUCCACCAGCACCCCACAGGUGACGGUGGGGGAGCCCCUGGCGCUGCACUGUGAGGUGCAGGGAGCCAGCAGCCCCGUGUCCCUGCGCUGGUGGCACUUGUCCCCGCAGCAGCCGGGGCGCAGGGUGCUGGUGGCCAGCGUGCAGCAGGAUGGCAGCUGGAGCCCAGGCAGCGCCUACAGGGAUGGGAGCACCCGGGGCAGCCUCCAGCUGGAGAAACAGAGCCCUGGCAGCUUCACCCUGGUGAUCCCCAGCACCCUGGACGAGGACGAUGGGGGGCAGUACCGCUGUGAAGCCACGCAGUGGUCCCGAGGCCGCAACUGGACAGAGAAGGGGGAGGUGGUGGUGACGGUCAGCUCCAUGGGUCUGCACGCCACGCUGAGGAGCCGAACUGCCACGGUCAGCUACGGGCAGAGUUUUGAGCUCUUCUGCCAAGUGGAUGCCAGCUACACCCUGGAGGAGGUGCCAGCAUCUGUGCAGUGGCUUUUCCAGCCCAGCCCACCCACAGGUCCCUUACAGGAGCUGGUCCAGCACUCUCCCAGUGGCACUGUGGUCUGGAGGACAGCACAGCCACACUUCCAGGGGAAAGCCCAACUGGCCAAGGCUGGCACCUCCUUCAAGCUGCUCAUCCACAGUGCCUUGCCUGCCAAUCAGGGGACAUACCAGUGUGAGGUGCAGGUCUGGAGGAGGAACAGCCUGCCCCGUGGGCAGCCAGCAGCCAGCAGCAGCUCCAAUGCUGUGGGAAUAAAAGUGGUGCUGCCAGAAAGCAAGCUCCAGGUUGCUACGACAGACAGCUCUGUGGAAAUUGCCGGCGGUAACGCAGCCAUUGAGUGCAGGAUUGUGUUUGCCCAGAACAAUUCACAGCUUGCUGUUACCUGGUACCUCCUGCCUCUUCUGGCAGAUGCAACACCCCUGCAAAUCAUCAGGGCCAGCUACAGCAGCAUCCUGGAAUACGGGUCUGAAUUCAGCUCUCCUGCACUGAAGUCCCGGUUCCUGAGCCAGAGGGUGUCCAGCCACACAUUCCAGCUGCAGAUCCUGUCUGCAGCCCCCAGGGACGAGGGCAGCUACUACUGUGUGGUGGAGGAGUGGCUCUGGCUGGUGGAUGGCUGGUACAAGCUGGGAGAGGGAGCAUCAGGAAGGACCACGCUCAAGUUCAGACCCCCAGAGCACCAGCUGCAGAUGGAGAGCACCAACCACAGCAUCUCUGCAAGGGAGGGCGAGGAGGUGACGCUGCCCUGCCGGCUGCAGGGCGCCCUCCAGCCCGGCACACAGCCCUCAGCCACCUGGUUCCAGGUGAGGAGCAGUGGCAGGGGCAGUGCCCUGCUGAGCCUGCAGCAGGAUGGCAGCGUGGAAUACCCCCAGGAGCGCCUGGCAGCGCGGCUGUUCCUGCGCCGCCGCUCCGCCCGCGACUUCAGCCUCACCCUGGGCAGCGUGGAGAGGGGAGAUGCUGGGGCAUAUUACUGCCAGCUGCAGGCAUGGCAGCAGCACAGCCAGGGGAAGGACUGGGAUCUGCAAGCCUUGGCACAGUCUGGGUACAUCCAGCUCAUCACCAUCCCGCCAGAGUCAACUGUUUUGUCUAGGAUCUGCUCAUCCCCACCACUGCUGAACUUCAUCUUAUACUUACCACUGGUUCUGAUCCUUCUCCUGGCCCUUGCUGUCUUCUGCUGGUUCUGCAAACUCAGGAAAAACAAGAAGGGCAACUCCACAGGAUGGAUGAUGGAACUGGAAGGGAAUGGAGAGGUCAAGAAAACUUAGCUGGUCUGUAGAGACAGAUGUAACUUGGAGGAGCAGAGCUGGACAGCUGAGGAGGACUGAGUCCUUGCAGAGGGACUUUUUAUUGUUUUGUAGUAGCUCUUGCAAUAAAUAUUUGAAAAUUGUGGGUUUGCUUUUGAUAGAACAAAGCAGCUUUGGAAUUACUAAGCAAAUAGGGUUUUCAAAAUGAGUGUUUCUAUCUUUUAGGUUAGGUACUCACCCAUUUCCUACUCUGCUUGUUGUGGUACAUUUGAGGUCCUUGCAGAAUUUAUCUCCCACUAUGGAUGGAAGUAGGAAGUACUCCUCUGCAGGAAUAAGGGAAAAACCAGUUCUUUCUGUGCUGUGACAAAAAAGUACCACAUUUCUACUAAUUUUAGGUGUCUUGACAAAAUCUAUAUGGUAUCCAGGCUAAAAACCAGUGGUAGAACUGUAAGUGGAAUAUUGGUGUCCCAUUUAAGCCAUCACCCUUGCCUUUGCUCACUCUUUGCUGGGGAAGCACUGCUGUUUUCACAUUCUGAGAGUGCCUGUGCCCAAAGAGCAUCAUCUCCAAAGUGAAAUGGGUUUUCAUCACAAAACCUGUCACAGGAACAUGAGGACUGAGCAAGGCUGGCUGGAGAAGAAAGUCCAGAGCAGAGGAAUCACAGCCAUCCACAAAAAAAACAAAUCCUGUUGACCCAGUAAAGGACCUGCAUGGAGUUUUGGAUCCCAGAAGGAACAUGUGGGCACCAAACCAUCUCAGAGAUGAUUGUGCAAAGUUUCCAGCUGCUUCCUUUGCUCCUGCUGUAGGAGAAGACAGCAUCCAGCCCCUGGUACCUGGGCUGGAUCAGGAAGCUGCACAGCUGGGACCUGCUAUUAGACACAUCCAAGUUGUUCCAUUAAUAAAAAAAGCCAUGUGUGCACUUGUGGGGCAGCUCCUCUCUACUCUGGAGUCCAGCUCAGGAUUUCAAGGCUGAGGAGCUCUGCUACCUGAAGAGUGUCUGGCUGAUGCAUAGUAGAAAGGAGAUUUCUAUUCAGUCCUGAUAACCUAAGGGGUAUUCUGUCCCUAAUUGUGCAAAAUGGGAUGUGGUCCCACGGAGUUGUAAGGUCAGGUAUCAGCACUGUCCUCAGACCAAAGCAGCUUUAUAGAAACCACAGCAGACACUUGUGAACCUGCUUCUGUGACCACAGAGAGAUUUGGAGAGAACACAGCCCUCUAGAUGCUCUGUUCUUUCACUUUGCAGUUAGAAAGCUGCCUGACUUUAUCCUGGCAGGUGCUUCAGCCCCUUGGAAACGCAGGUUUUGCACACAUCUGCAGGCCACUGCUCCUGUUUCCCUGCUCAGCCUCCUCUGCCUGUGCUGGCUGGCUGCAGCCUGCUCAGCCUUUCCCUGCAGGAUGUUUUCUGGACCCGUGCAGUUUUCCCUUUGCUGCCCUGCCCAGCUGCUCCCCGCAGCGUGAGCGCUCAGAGCUGCGCCUGGGGCUCUCUGCAGAGGUCUCCCCCUGCCUGGUGCCUUCUGUCCCGUUUACACAUCCCAGCAGGAUGUUUGAUUUUCUCUUUGUGUGUAGCAGCAAGCACUGUUUGUGCUUGGCUCGUGCUCAUCAGGCUCCUCUGCUGCAGAUUUGCUGCCUAGCAGGUUGUGUGUUCAGGCUGGUGGCUUUUCCUCCCUAGCUGAAACCCCAUUUCCAUGGGGGUGUUGAGCAGCUUUCUGCACAAAUUUGUGGAAGAUCCUGCUGCCUAUCUUAGCCCUGUCUCUGUAAAGCUUUAACUCAUGGGCUGGUUUCCAUCUGUUUGACAGAGGAGCAGAUGCUCCCAGGAUAUUAAACUCCUACAGGUCUCAUGGAGAGUGGUAGGUGGAUGAAGGAGGGGAGGCAGGCGAGUUGUGCCACCAAGGGAAGGAUGCAGUGUGAGCUGGCUUGUGGAAUGUGGAAAAAGAGAUGGGAUGUGGAAAAUAGAUGUGGGUGUGCUAGGGCAUGGGGAAGGAAAGAAGGAACUGCUUUUGACUAUCAACUGUUAACAAUAAAUCUAUGCAUGGAGCUUAUCUGCUAAUUUUUUGCUGUUUAUCCAGGUUUUCAUUUGGAUUGUUUCCUUAAUUUGCCCAAGAAUACCUUGGGAGCCUACUCCACAAACCUUGGAAAAGUCAAGAAUAUAUGAUGCCUGCUGCUUAAACCUUCCCACAAGUUUUUCAGUCUUAUUUCAAGGGAGAUAGGUAGGUCUGCUUUGGUUUUGUUCAAAACAAACAAAAAAGUAGUGAUUUUUUUUUUCAUUCUUUUUAGUACUUUUAAAUACUUUGUCCCUGUAUUUCCCUGGGGAUUAUAGUUAAAAAGAUGGUGUUCAAUUUCUACUUCUUCUUCAACAUAAUUUUGCCCUGUUUGCCUCACUUGGUGUCUCACACCUCCUCAGAUAUUACCACAGCAAACUACUAAUAGAAGGCUUGACAGCCCAUUCUUUAUGUGGCUUAGGAUGAACCUCAUCAAGACCAUCUUUCCAGUCAAAAAAUCUGAAUUAUUUAGGUUGCUGCUCAAUAGCUGCUGUAGCAGUCACAUGUGUGGGUCAGUCUCCAAAAGCUGUGUGAGCUCUCUGAGUGACCUGGGUUUGUUGUAUCCCCCAGAACUGUUCUGUGCCCCUCACUCAGGCACCUCAGCAGCCCAUGGCAGGUCUGUGGAGCAUCUUUCCUGCCAUCUAAUCUGCAGGAAAAAAGCACAAAAAAGCUGCAGACUGCUGCAUCACAAGAUUUUUGUGUCUGGUGGAUGUAGAGAGGGAGGCUUCUCCAUCAGCAGAGCACUUUGUCCUGUGCCAACUUUGCUCUGUUAACCAGAGACCCAUGGAGUAGCAACUUUCUAUUCAUGCAGGUGUAGAGGUUUGAAUUUAUGUCUAAGUGUGCCUUGGGCCUUGAUGAGGAGGUCUGCAAGGAGAAUGCAUGUUUUUGCAGUGGUGGGGUUUUUUUCCCCUUGUUUUUUCUUCUGGCUUUGCUGGGUCACUGCCAAACCUUUCAGCUAAAUGUUAGAGAUGUAUUUUUUUCCAUGAGUGAACUUAGAGCUGUAAGUUACCACAGCAAAAGCUCCAAAACUGUCCUGUUUUUAAAGAGAACAAUUCUCUCUGAGGUAAAUGUAUGAGAAGGGAGAGAGAUGUGUGUGCUUGGUGGGACAGGGGGAGGGUGUUGAUUUUGCUGCUGAGGCUCUUGACCACCUUCACUCACCCCCAUCACCACCCUCUGUUCAAAUUCAAAUUUGUGCGAAUUGUGGAGGUGAAAUGGAUGGGAAUAUAACCCCUGCAUGGUGUAUCCUUCCUGGAAUGCUUUCCCUGCCUUUGGGAGGGAAAAAGCCCUUGCUCAGUGAUUUAUCCAGCAUGCAGUGGGACAGGGGAUCAUACCAGUGACUCACUUGCACUGAGGACCUUUUUUGGCAAGGAGGGAGGGUGGGUGAUGAGCUGGCUGCUGUGCAGGAGUGGUGGGAAGUGGUUUUUCAAGCAAGGAGAUAGUUUGUGGCUGAUGGCUCAGAGUUUCCUGGCCUGCCCUGGAGCAGAGGGCAGGACUGCCAGGGCAAGGCUGCUGAGGAAGACUGCCAAACUUUGGAUAAAUUAUUCCAAACAAAUGACCUGGAGCUCUCCUGGGAUGCUCCCUCUUAAGCAGCAUCUCCUCAUUACUUCCUAUUAGCUCUGAGCUGGUUUUGAAAUAUGACAAAAUAUUUUAAAACUGGAAAUAAAAGAAGCAGUUUUUAUUAUAUGCUUUGGUCUCACUUGAUGCCAUUUUGCAUCCCAGCUGGUUCCUGCAGCUCCUGCUUGUUUCACAUGCCCUUUGGCCUUGGUUUUUGGCACCUUAGGCAAAGAAGAACCACUUGUAGAACUCUGGACCUUUCUUAGCCAUUAAGAAACUGCUGCAUUGGAUCUGCCUGCUGCUGGAUUUUUUUGUUCCUUCUCAAAACACCUGUUCCUCCCUCUUUUCUUCCAGCAGAUAAUAUAAUUAUACAAUAUUAUUAUAUAAUUAUUGUUAUAGUUGCAGUUACACUUAAUUGCAGUUUCACAGGGCAGGAAAGGAGUCAUUCUUUGCAGGGCAGAAGCAGUACAGCUGUGAGGGAUGGAUGAGAGGUGGUCCUGUGGGAUCUGGCUCAGUUUGCUGCCACAGCAGGCAGGAGGGACCAGCUCUGUGUCCUUUAAACCAGCAGCACUCUCCAGGAAAGAUGCUGCUUGUGGUGCUGGGGACUGGCAAGGUUAAUGUGUGUACCUGCUCCCGGUAGGGAUGAGAGGAACAUUGAUUUCGAGGGCUGCAGACCAAGUGUGAAAAUUGACCUGCUGGGGGGGACAACUCUGGUUUUAUCAUUAUUUUAAGCAUGGGGGAAUGAAUGGGUGAAUGCUGGAAGCAGAACAGCAAACCAGGAGGGGCCGUGACUCCUCCCAGCCCCAGUGGGAUGCUAAUGGGGAGGAGAGGUCCAGUGCCCCAUUUGAAAGGGACGGGCCGUGACCAAUCGAUGUUAAAUGUGGCAGAGGCAGCCUGAGCUGUGAAGACAUUUCAUUUCCCCGGUAAUGAGGGAGACACGCUGUGGCAAUGAAACCAGGGAGAGGGAGGCUGCGAGAUGCUAAUUUCUGCUGCCGCCGCCGCUGCUUUGAUCUGGAGCAAAUUCCCGUUUUAAAUUGCGAGUCAGAUCUCAUCCAGCCCGUGGCUUACAGGCUUAAUGGAGUGGGACGGGCCGUGCUGGGGGAGGCAGGCACUCCAGAGAGGGAUUGCCCGAGGUGUGAAGGGACAGGAGCCGGGACAGGGGUGUCACAGUGUCCCUGCGGGCUGUGCCGGGGGCUCAGCCCCUCCUGCCUGGGCAGAAAGCCUGAGCAGGAUGAGGGCUCCGUUCUAGCCUGAGCAGGCAAUGCACAGUCAUCCUGAGCUUUGGUCUCGGGGCACGGACAUCAGUCUGGGGCGUUCUCCAGGUGUGGGAGGUGUUCAUUUUGUGCUGCCAUUUGGGCAUUCAAUUGAACUUUCUCAGAAAGAUAUUCUGGGACAGACCCAGAGGCUCAUUAAUCCUGAAGCAGUGACCUGGUGGCUGAUACUGGGCAAUGGCAGCUCCUUGAGAUUCUUUUGGGGAAAGAUCUGAAUUGUCUUGGAGAAUCAAUGUCUAAAGGGAUAUUUAUUGUACUCUUCAUUAACACAAGGCUUUUGUCCUAGGAUGAGGCUGGGCUUUGUUGUGUGCCCUCCUGGGCAUUCAGAGGUUUGGAUGUCUGUGCAAGCUGCUAAGCUUCACCAGCAGACAUGAGCAAUCUGAGGGACCUGCAGGCACCUGCAGGGAGGAUUGACCUCUGCACUGAGCAAGGAAGAAGUGGUCUGGCUAUUGGAAAAGGCAGGCAUGGCUCACAAAUCUAUUAGGGUCUUUGAAGGAGUCAGCAUGUGAAUGGGAAAAACCUCGUGGCUGUAGUCUGUGUGGAGCCAAAAGAGGCUCCACAAUGUCCAUGGUUAUUACAGAAACUAAGGAAGGAUAGGACAAGUCUGGCAGCUCCUCUCAGGGCUAAGCUAUUUGUUAAAAAAACCAGGCAGGAAAGAAAGUAAAUGGUUCUAACAGAAAAGGGAGGUCACCAGCAAUGAGACCUGUGCUGCUCAACAAACACAGAAAUGGUCUGGAAAAGAGGAUGAUUGCUAAACAAAGAUAACAUCAAGUUAACCAAGGCAUUAGCAACAAGGGCUGACUGAUGAAAUGCACAGGGUGUUAUGAGACUGAGUGGCUGGAUAAUGAAAUGGGAGAUGACAUUUGUGUAGGUGACUGUAAAGUGAGACAUGGUGGCAAAAAUUCCCCAGUCUCAGCUUCACAUAUGAAAUGUUGGGCUCUGAGCUGACCACUGUCAUUCAGAAGCAAAGCCUUCAUGUGAGAAUAGCCAGGUGUAUGUAACAUCUGCAUGAGGAUCAGAGCAGCCAAGAUAGCAAAAGAAGGAGUGAGUUAUCAGGAAAUAAAGACAAAACCACAAUUUUGCUGCUGUGAGCACCUGGGGAGCAUUCACACCUUCCAUGCAGGGCUGUUCCUCCUCCCCCAGAAAGGACAGCACACCAGGGCACGGAGAAGGCUGGUGAACAGUUUUGGUUUUUUCCUAAAUAUGCUUUAAAAAGCAUUAGAAUCUCCUUUCAAUACAGUAAAUCAUGUUCAUCUGUAGGCCAUGAGGCAAGAUGAAGCUUUUAGAUUAUCCAUUAUCUUUUCUUUUUCUACAGCAUUCAAGGACUUCACACUAUCACAAUAAGAUAGUUGAGAAUUUUUUAUGCUUAACAAAUGAGGGAACUUAGACAUAGUGGUUUGCUGUGAAACAGGCAAAGAAAUAGGAAAUCUGUUCUUUAGAAUAUCUCUAGAGAAAGAGACAAGAGAAAAGUCUGACUCUAAUAGUAAGAAUCAAAGGGAAAAAUCUCUCUGCUGGAUCCAAAAUAAGUUUCCAUAGAAACAGAUAUUUCAGAGAAUGAAUUGCUGCAGUAUGAAAUUAAGAUUGUGGAUCUAAUUCUGCAAAAUAUUCAAGCAUGUUCUUUGCUUAUCCCUAUUCAGCUCAAGAUGCAAGCAUGUGAUUUCCAUGGAGGCUUAUGUGCUUUAUUUCAUGGAGGUAGAAAUAAGGAUAAGCGGCACUGAAGUGGGAUCAAAUUUUUCUUGUGCUUCCUUGUCACUGACAGACUUGCAACUUAUUUUUUAUGGCAGCAUGUGUUGCUUUGCUGCCAGAAGUGUAGGUCCCAGUGCCUCAAUCUGAGAGUUCAGCACUGAGCUCCAUCAGACCUACCACUGCUGGGGAGUGGAGUCAGCAGAGUUUUUACAUUGCUGGGUGCUUAAUUGUUUUGUUAAUUAACUUUUUUUUUUUUUUCUAUUUACAUGCAGGUUUAAUUUUAAAUGGGAUACCUAUUCUGUAAAUGAAUGUCAUGGUGAUUAUCAGAUAAUUAAUUUGAGAAGUGAUGGUAUAAGAGGUGGAGAUUUGCUCAUAAUCUGUCUUUUGUGCACUUCUAUUUGCUGCCCAUAGAUACUUUAAAGACAGGAAAGGUUCUUAAUAUUUUCCAUGCUAAUUGCUUUUAUUGUAAGUAUAUUCUGGUAAAUGAUUUGGUUUAGUUUAAGCUAUUUAAGAAUGUUUUGUAUAUUUUUUUCUUCCCUGUCUGUUGUGACUUUAUUCUUAGCUGAAUUAACAGGACAAAUAAAGUUUGACUGAGAGUUU